GAUGUAUUAUUUUCCUUUCUCCCCAAGAAAGGGAGUUCCGUGCUCCAUCUUUGGGAUCUUUGGAAAAUUGCAUGAAGCUUUCCCAGAUGACUGUCCAAGGACUUCAGCAGUUCAAAUCUCCUCUUUUGCAACUGCCUCACAUUGAAGAGGACAAUCUUAGGCGGGUCUCUAAUCAUAAAAAGUAUAAAAUCAAAAGUAUUCAGGAUUUGGUGAGUUUGAAAGGUUCUGAUCGUCGCAACUUACUGCAUUUCCUGGAGGAUAAGAAAUAUGAUGAAGUUAUGGCUGUCCUUGGUAGCUUUCCAUAUGUCACUAUGGAUAUCAAACCACAGGUUUUGGAUGAUGAAGACAGCAACAAUAUUACAGUAGGUUCUCUUGUCACUGUUCUGGUCACACUAACGAGGCAGACCAUGGCAGAAGUGUUUGAAAAGGAACAGUCUAUAUGUUCAGCGGAAGAGCAACCAGCAGAAGAUGGACAAGGAGAUAGCAACAAAGUUAAGAGCAAAGGAUGGCAGCAAAAGAAUAAAGGAACCAAGAAAGCUUCAAAAUCAAAGAAAAAGAAGCCAUUGAAAAAGAAACCUGUGCCACCUUCGUUGCAGCCACCAAAACAGCAGAAGCAAAAGCAAGCUAAUGGGGAAGUAGUUGUGAAAGAAGAAGAAGAGGACAUCUCUGAUAAAGGAAGUGAAUCUGAAGAAGAAGAAACAAACAGGGACUCUCAAAGCGAGAAAGAUGAUGGAAGUGACAGGGAAUCUGACAGAGAACAAGAUGAAAAACAAAACAAAGACGAUGAAGCUGAGUGGCAAGAAUUACAGCAAAGUAUACAGAGAAAAGAACGAGCUCUUCUUGAAACCAAGUCAAAGAUAACGCAUCCUGUUUACAGUCUCUUUUUUCCUGAGGAAAAACAAGAGUGGUGGUGGCUAUAUAUUGCCGAUCGGAAGGAGCAGAUGCUAAUAUGUAUGCCAUAUCAUGUUUGUACACUAAAAGAUAAAGAAGAGGUAGAGCUGAAAUUCCCAGCACCGGGCAAGCCUGGAAACUACCAGUACACAGUUUAUUUAAGAUCAGAUUCGUAUAUGGGUUUGGACCAGAUUAAACCAUUGAAGCUGGAAGUUCACGAAGCAAAACCAGUGCCAGAAAAUCAUCCUCAGUGGGAUACAGCAAUAGAAGGUGAUGAGGACCAGGAAGACAGCGAGGGCUUUGAAGACAGUUUUGAGGAAGAAGAGGAAGAGGAGGAUGAUGAUGAUUAAAACAAUACCGUUAAUUAACUACGAUAUCUGCACACACUGCAAACUCUUGGUCUGACUGUGGAACUGUACAAUAAACAAGAAACACAGUACAGAAGCUUUGAGAAGGCUGAGUUUAAUUUUUCUUUACCAAUUAAGAGUGCAUUAUGUAACUUCUCAGUGGAGGUGAAACUAAUCUGUUGCCAUUGAUACAACCUUGGAAUAUGCUUACGGCUCAUUAUAGCCUUCGAGUGCAGGAUGGUGCAUUUGUUUCAAUUGAAAAUAAAAGCUUUUUUAUUAUAAAUA